UUUAGUAAUUAUGAUCAGGCUACGACAUCGUAUACUACUAUUUACGCUCGCCCGAGAAGACCUUUUCCCCUCCCUCAAGAAUUUUCCAAAACCCUACUGCAACGACACUGCCUAUUCUACUGUGUCCCCAUCCCAAAACCCUCCAACUUCCAAAACCCUCCAUCUGAUUCAUUGAUUGUAAGAAAAGGAAAAAGAAAGAAGAGUUUGGGACAUGGCAGGAGGGAGAUUUAGGGAACUGUUGAGGAAGUACGGAAAGGUCGGAUUGGGUGUCCACUUUUCUGUAUCUGCGGCUUCCAUCACCGGGCUGUACGUGGCGAUUAAGAAUAACGUCGACGUGCAGGCCUUGUUCGAAAAGGUCGGCGUGCAGGCCCCGUCCAAAGGAGGAGGAGGAGCAGAACCCGGAGGAGACCAAGAUCUCAAUACCAACCCCGAGACUUCCACCACCACCUCCACAGAUGGGUUCGUCGUGGAGGAGGAGUUCAAGAAGAGGAAUCGGACUGCCGAGCUGGCGGCAUCCAGUGGUGGGGCACUGGCUCUGGCAUUGCUGCUUAACAAGGCUCUGUUUCCUAUAAGGGUUCCCAUCACCCUCGCUCUUACACCUCCCGUGGCCAGGUUUCUCAGGAGCCGACAAAUUAUCAAGAACGGUCUAUAAGUUUUUCACUACUUUACCUUUUUAUUUUUGCAAAUCCUUCCCCCUCCCCCCCCCCUCCUUCUCCUUCUUGCCCCUAAUGGCAGGCUGGGGCCGGGGCUGUGGCUGGGGGGAGAGUCAUCAGAGUUCUUGUCUUGAUGCUAUUUGCUUGAUAUUGGGUUCGGGUUUGCAAGUUGUGAUUUUGAGUCACAUUGCUGAGGAGACCAUUAUGACGGAGAUAAAGGAACAUCUGUGAAUUACUGCUAUUACAUACUACUAGUAUUUAUAUAUGGUUCUGCAAUUUGUGUAAUUUCUCUGGAAUUUUGGUCUUUACGAAUUUUUGGGGCUGAGACUGAGGAUUCAUUCAUUAGCCUUUGUUACUAAAAGGUGAGCCUGUCAACAGAAGUUCAUGUUAAAAUCUUCAAACACUCCUUAAAAAUCAAUAAACGCAAAA